AUGCUUGGCGAUGCCACUGGCCAAAAGCUGGCUGGCGCAUGGACCGCCUCCGGCCACAAUGUCAGGGCUGAUAUCAUUCGCGUUUCUGUUCGCCUCCCAAAAGCGGAUGCCCUUACCUGUUUGAAAUCGGGAACGCAGCACAGUGCCGUUUUGGUUCGGGAUAUUCACACCAUUCCUGAGGCGAAAGACUUGUGUUGCGUCUGGAUUUCUCCUGGCUGUCCUGUCCUUGAAGGUUCUGCGGCCCACACUCGCCAAAGUUUGCAGUUGUAUUUGGCUAGCUUUGCUCACCCUUGGUCUGUUGUGCGUACUCCUUUUCGUUGGGGGAUCAGGAUCCACAAAGAUCAUGAGAGAGAAGUUAAAGCCAUUGUGCAGCCGCAUGCUGUGUUUGUGCCUGCUGAUCACUUCAAGUAUCGUAUUGCGCAUGUUCCCCGAUCCCUUGAUCCUGCUGUUCUGGUUGCCACUCUGACCUCUGACUCGUUCAAGCCCUACUUGGUUUCGUCUUUCAAGGGAGUUGUGACCAUAGCUGCGCCCUGUCCACCUGCGGACAUUGUGUUUACAAUUGCUGAGCUUGGUUGUACUCUGUUACUUCAGCAUCUUCCUGGUCCUGCCAGUGGUGGUCCUCCUCUUGUCCCGUCCCGCCAUGUUGAAGAUGCGAGCCCAAAGCGAAAGAGUCGGCGAGCUGACUCUGAAAAUGCUUCUGUUGGUCCUGACAAUGGCCAUGGUGCUGACACUCGGGGUGGAGCUAAGGGAGGGGUUCUUUCUACUAAUCCGUUUGGUCCUUUGGAUGAUGCCUAUCAAGUUGCUUUUCCGCCUUUGCCCAACGCUGGUGUUGCUCGGGAGCUCGCUUCGACCGAACCUGAGUUUGAGCUUGGAACCCUGCCUAAUCUCGGGAACACAUGUUUUGCGGCUGUGGCUGUCCGUUGUUUGGCUCACAUUGUCAAAAAGUCGGAUUUGCGCUCGUCUGUCCUUCAAGAUGUUUCCUUGAGGCGUUUGUUGGAUGACUUGUCGCCGGCCCAGUGGACGCGCUUCAUCAAACAUCAUCACCUCGAGCAUGGUCAGCAGCAAGAUGCUGCUUUGUGGUUGCAGAAGUGGUUGGACUCUGAGUCGGUUUUGUGUUCGCAUCUUUCUGUCACUGAACAUGUUGCUCUUGAAUGUGUUGGGUGCAGUGAGCCCAAGACAGCUGAAUCAAGUUUUUCUCUUUGGCGCGUUCCCGCUCCCAGUGGCGGCUCUACUUCGUUGCAGAAGCUGCUUGAUGAUGAUCAAUGCUGUUCGGCCAACCCUGAGGUUGAAGUCUCGUGCUCAUGUUGUUUUGCUGAACACGCGGAAGCUGUGUCUAAGCGUCUUUCUUUGAAUGACUGGCUUCUCAUUCAGACUCUGAGGGCUGAUGUCAAUGAUAAGAAAAAACACACGGCUAUUUCACUCCCCGACACGGUUGUUGUUGCUGAUGCGUCUUGGGAUAUGCACCUUGCCGUGUGUCACUUGGGUGAGUCUGCGUCUUCCGGGCAUUAUGUUUUGCUUGUUCGUUCAGGUCACGAUUGGCUGUUGUAUGACGAUGGAACUUGUCGUGUUGCCUCUGCUCAAGACAUCUUGGAUAUGCCUUCUUCCUGGUCGUUUGUGUUGUAUCGUCGGCGUUGUGAAGGAUCGUCGCCGCAGUCUCCUGCUGUUGUUGUUGUUGUUGUUGACAUCGCUGCCUUGCCUGCAUCAUGUGCUGAUGCCGUUCCUUCGUCAAACCCUCCUGUUGCCCACCCCACGGUUGGUCCUGGCAGGGAUGACCGCCCUGACAUGCCGUCUGCUGACAAGCGUGCUGACAGUGUCAAUGAUUCCAGCGGCCCUCUCCAUGCUGAUUUGCGCAGCUUGCUUGCGGUUUUGUCUCAGCGGGUUGAUGCGCUUGAGGUUGAAGUGCAAUGUCUUCGGGGAGCUGGUUCCCUUCAUGAGAAGCUUGUGUCCUUGGCUUGUCCGGGUUCUGGUCUGUCCGUGCCUGUGCGUUCAACUCUUGGCGAUGCUUGUUCUCCCGGUGGUGACCGUCUAGGAGACACGGUUGCGAGCAACCCUGGCUGUGAUGCGGAUAAGCUUGUUGUUGCCUCUUGUCAGGGUCAGACCGGGAUGCAGGCCCAAUCCUUCCCUUGUGGCCCUCCUCCCCCGGUCGUUAUCGAACCUGUUCCUUCGGACGCUUUACCAAAACGGAAAAAGCCAGUCGAAAAACAAAGCAGCAAUCUGUCAUCAAUUCCUGUGGGCUCUUUUCCCCGUUCCACCAAUCCGGCAAUUGUGGCUGAAAUCCUUCGCUUGCAAACUGCUGGCUUUGCUGAAGUUGCUUGGAUUUUUGAGCGCUUGCACGCUGACUCCAUUUUGCUCCCUUUGGCCCAACAGGCGCAAGACGUUGGUGGUUGGAAAAAUCUGGGUGAAGCUUUGACUUAUAACAGUCGUGAAGCUCAAACUCAACUCCAGAAUGAUGGCAUCCAUAGCCCAAGCGUCCGCUGGCUUGUGUUUCGCAUGCUCCAGCGUGGGAGGUAUAAUCGGUUUGCUUCUGUCCUGGCGGCUGGUCAUUGGGACCUCUUGCGUCAGAGUUUGGCUGUGUGCGACGUUCCUGACUGGUGGUCGCCUCCUUGGUGUCGUCCUGUCCAUCGUCCGCAUGCUGCGCAAGCUCGUGGUCGUCGCCCGUUGCUUCCUCAUGAAUGGCAUCGCGCCCAAAGUUCCAAACGCAGUCGCCCCCCUGUUCCUGUUGCUCCUUGUGUUGGUGGCCCUGUCCGUUCGCGCAGUCGUUCCCGUUUUCGCGAUCAAACCUUGCCUGUGCCGGUUGCUCAACCUGCUGUAGUUGGAGCUCGUAAGGUCUCUGUGGCCGUUCCCACCUCUUCUGUGAAGAACAAGAAGAAGCGCAAGGCGAAAGGCCAAGCUGAUGUCAAAGGGGGUGAAACUGAAUCUGGUUCAACUCCUUCCUUGUUUCGGGUUGCUGCUAUGAAUGUGACUUCCCUUUUUUCCCGUGUUGCUGCGGUCUGUGCUCUUACGUUUGGUCUGGCGUGUGUCUCGGAGACUGCUCUCACCGGUACCGGGCAAGCCAGUGUUACUAUGCGACUGCAGCAGUCAGGGCGUUGUGUAGUUUGGGGCGCUCCUGUGCAUGGUCCUGGCGUUUCGUCGUCUCGCGGUGUUGCCUUGAUUGGUGGUCCUGGCGUUCGUCUUUCGCCGCUUGAUCUCCCGGAUUGCCUGUUGGAUUAUUGGGCCGAUGGUCGUAUUGUUGCUGGCAAAGUGUCUCAGCAGUUUGGCAAAGCGGAUAUUACUUGUGUUGCGUGCUACGGUCACACACAUGAUGUUCAACGCCGAGAAGACAUGCUGAGCCAGAUUGUUGGUUGGGUGCUGUCGUUGCCCGGUCAUGUCCUUGUCGCUGGGGAUCUCAAUUCCUCUCUUCAGGAUUCACUUGCUUUACACCAGCUCGUGAUUGGUCUGCUGACUUUAUUCAUGUCUCUAAUCUCCUUGAAGAUGAACGCCCUGAUGAUGCGUAUGCUCUAUGGACCCAACUCGCUGAAUGUGAACUUGCGCGGCAGUGCCGACUUGGUGGAAAAACUGUGUGCUCCUCCCAUUUCGGUCGCGCUGUUGUUCCUGCUCUUAGGGUUUGUGAUCCGCAGUCUCUUCGGCUCCAAGGUGAUGUUGACUUUCGUCGACUUGAACGCGCUCGUGCUGGCUUAG